AUGGCAUCCACAGCUGCCAGUUCAAGUGCUAGCCAGGUUGGUGGUCUCCCACGGAUCAAUUGCCCCAAAUGCAAGAUCCAGGUCAUUAGGCGCAAGAGCAAGGCUGGCAAUAUGUAUUACACUUGCCCCAACAAUUUCCUGAACGAUGACACUUGUGCGAACUAUUGGUUUGAGGAUCAAUACCUAGCCUAUCUGCGCGCCAAUCAUCCAGACAAGCUCAGGGAUGUGGAAGUGGAAGGUGUACAAGGCCCUUUUGUUGCUCCUGCGGUUCAAGGCAUAGAACAGAAGAGUGACACAAAGAUUGGGAUGAUGGACUUGAAGGUUCAGAUCAUUGACUUGAAGGUUGACAUUUUAAAGUUGGAGUAG